GAGAAAUCGGAAGAGCCAUCCGGUUUGCUUCCUUCUCUCCGCGAUCGCACUUCGGGGCAAUAGCAGGCAAGCUUGGGUUGGAGGAAACUAUUUAAUCCGGUGACAUAAUUAUGGAGGACCACGGUUCCGGGCUCCGCCGCGUUCUCGUCCUAGCUUUCUGCGUCGCUGGUAUUUGGUCUGCCUAUAUCUAUCAAGGCGUUCUUCAAGAGACUGUAUCAACGAAACAUUUUGGUCCGGACAAAAAGAGGUUCGAACAUUUGGCUUUCUUAAACCUGGCUCAAAAUGUGAUUUGCUUGAUAUGGUCUUUCUUGAUGAUACAGAUUUGGUCUAAUGGAAGUAGCAGUGGCGCUCCUUGGUGGAGCUACUGGGGUGCUGGCAUUACAAAUACUAUUGGUCCAGCAAUGGGGAUUGAGGCCCUAAAAUACAUCAGCUACCCUGCGCAGGUUUUAGCAAAAUCUUCAAAAAUGAUUCCUGUAAUGUUAAUGGGUACACUUGUAUAUGGCAUUCGGUAUACACUUCCUGAGUAUAUAUGUACACUACUUGUUGCUGGUGGAGUAUCAACUUUUGCACUUUCAAAGACUAGCUCAAAAACCAUAAGCAAGCUGGCUCAUCCAAACGCUCCACUUGGAUAUGGACUGUGUUUUUUGAAUCUUGCAUUUGAUGGAUUCACCAAUGCUACUCAGGAUUCCAUUGCUGUAAGAUAUCCCAAGACGAGUGCAUGGGAUAUAAUGUUGGGGAUGAAUCUAUGGGGCACAAUGUACAACAUGAUAUUCAUGUUCGGUUGGUCUAACGCAAGCGGGUAUGAGGCAGUUCAGUUCUGCAGGCAGCACCCAGAAGCGGCAUGGGACAUUUUCAUGUACUGUCUUUGUGGUGCGGUCGGACAAAACUUUAUUUUCCUAACUAUCAGCCGGUUCGGUUCCCUAACAAACACAACCAUAACGACGACUCGCAAGUUUGUUAGCAUAGUCGUUUCCUCAUUGCUGAGCGGGAAUCCCCUCUCUAGCAAACAAUGGUCAAGCGUUGCUAUGGUCUUCUCAGGGUUGUCAUACCAAAUUUACUUGAAGUGGAUGAGACGACAGAGGUUGCAAAAGAAAAGGAAGUCCACAUGAAUUUCUUUCUUUUAUAGUUGCUGCCACAGUGAGAGUCUUUUUGUUGAGGAAGUUGAAUUGCAAUGUUGGAAUAUGUAGUGACCCCAAUUUGUAAGAAAGCUGAUCAUGGAUAGUAAAUGUUAAAUCAUAAUUUCUGCAUAAUUAUGUUGUUGAUGAAGUGUUAUAUGCCUUCUUCUGUAUUAGAAAUCAAAGAAACGGAAUAGUUUAGUUUCAUUGUUGUCAUGUUGUGAAAUUGAAGAAGUCAUGUAUGAUUUGGCUGGUUACAAAUCCCUUGCAGUACUCACGUGUAGUAAAUAUUAAUGGUUGAUUUAAACGUUAUCUUUGUUUAAUUCCCCACUAAAAAGAAUAUUACAUUUUCAUAUGGAG